AUGGAGGACAAACGCAACAUCCCCAUCAUUGAGUGGGAGCACCUGGACAAGAGGAAAUUCUAUGUGUUUGGAAUUUGCAUGACUAUGAUGAUCCGGGUGAGCGUUUACCCUUUCACGCUCAUCCGGACACGGUUGCAGGUUCAAAAGGGCAAGAGCCUGUACAACGGGACUUUCGACGCUUUUGUGAAAAUCCUGCGGACAGAAGGGGCGGCUGGUCUCUACCGCGGCUUUUUGGUCAACACUUUCACCCUGAUCUCUGGACAGUGCUACGUGACGACGUACGAGCUCACUCGGAAAUACGUGUCGCGCUACAACAACAACAACGCCGUGAAGUCUCUGGUGGCCGGUGGCUCGGCCUCCCUGGUGGCCCAGAGCAUCACGGUGCCCAUCGAUGUGAUCUCCCAGCAUCUCAUGAUGCAGAGGAAGGGCGAAAGCAUGGGCAGGUUUAAGGUACGGAACCAAGACGGCAAGCGGAUGUUGGUUUUCGGCCAAACCAAGGAUAUCAUUGUACAGAUUUUCAAGGCCGAUGGCUUUCGAGGCUUCUACAGGGGCUAUGUGGCCUCGCUGCUCACCUAUAUUCCCAACAGUGCGGUCUGGUGGCCCUUCUACCACUUCUAUGCUG